CAUGGCAGCUGCGUACUUUUGUCGUCAUUACGAUGGCACACGUCGUGAUCCCAGGAUAUAUUGGUGGAAAAUUACAGUCGAAAAAUGUUACGAAAAACAGCCACAAAAUGACAAGUACAUUGAAAACUGUUUCACAUAAAAGGUCAAAAUUAACCACAUUACCAGAAAACAAUGAACGAUGGUGCGUCUUUGGAAUUGCUCUCAACCAUGUCGUCGUCCCUGCAAUACGUCCUGUUCUAGAGCAGGAAAUUCUCAAGGAGUACAACGACCUUAAAUUAAACCAUAAUAUUCAUGUUCAGACCAGACACAGCUUUCCCUCGCCAAAAUAUACAACUGGUAAUGCCAUGAAAUACGAGAACAUCAACGGGAAUGAUACCAAGCUAAAAACCCCGCAUCAUAAAAAGUUUGAUUACUCCAAGUUUGACUACAAAGUUACUUCCCAUGUUGACUUUGCCAAGCUCUUUCUGCAGAAUUACAUGGCUAAGCUCAGCGCGUUCGACGAAACUUGUGAUGCAUCCGCUGUGCUUACUCUACUUGGAAGAAUUCCAGUGUUUUCUGCUGCUCUCCAAAAUGCGGCAAAUGUUGUUAGAGAAGGUAGAAACGCUUGGGGUCAUUGCAAUUUUACUAAGUGGAAUGAAUCCAACUUCAAGAAGAGUUUUGACGACAUGGAAAAACUGCUGAGAGAAGUUGGUUUAUCUCCUGCAGAUGAAUCGAAUGUUUUAGCGGAUCUUAAUGACUGGAAAGACAAAGGUGUUGCAUUGUGUAUGAAUGCUUCAAUUGAUUCGGAGCUUGUUAAAGUAAUGCAAGAACAUGUUAUUAAAUUGUCAAGUGACGUGGACAAGAUGCUUUGA